AUGGCCGGAUAUGGAGAACAGGAUGCAGAGCCCCGAGAAGACGCUGAGCGUUUGAAGACAUUGCAGGAAUGGGUGCUUGCAAGCAGCGAAGAACUGAGCUCACCACAUGUGGUGGGCUAUGACUUUAAUCAAGGAGUGGACUACGAAGCCUUGCUGCAGUCAUACAUGACAACAGGCUUCCAAGCAACGAACCUCGGAAAGGCCAUUCAAGAGAUCGAGCAAAUGCUUGACUGGUCUCUUGCUGAUGAGCCAGUCCCUGAAGAUGAGGUUGAUGAGUUCAAAGACAUAGAGGCCCGGCGCCGCGUGCGCACCAAGAUUUGGCUCUCCUAUACGUCCAACCUUAUCAGCUCUGGCCUUCGGGAAACUCUUCGGUUUCUGGUGCAGCACCGCAUGGUGCAGGUCAUGAUCACCACAGCGGGUGGGAUUGAAGAGGACAUCAUCAAGUGCCUGGCCCCGACGCACCUGGGCGACUUCGCCCUGCCGGGUCUGGACUUGCGGCGCAAGGGCAUCAAUCGCAUAGGAAACCUCCUGGCUCCCAAUGAGAACUACUGCAAGUUCGAGGAUUGGAUCACGCCCAUCCUGAACGCCAUGCAUGACGAGCAGGAGAAGGAUGGUGUGGUAUGGACACCCUCGAAGAUGAUCCAUCGCUUCGGCAAGGAAAUCGACAAUCCUGAGUCCGUAUGCUAUUGGGCCUACCGAAAUAACGUCCCGAUCUUCUCACCGGCCAUUACCGAUGGCUCCAUUGGGGACAUGCUGUAUUUCCACAGCUACAAGAGGAGUGGUUUUGUUCUGGACCUUGUUCAAGACAUCCGUGCAGUGAAUGACCAAGCGAUGAAGGCUCGGAAGACAGGGGUGCUGGUGCUCGGUGGCGGGCUUGUGAAGCAUCAUUGCAUGAAUGCCAACCUCAUGCGGAAUGGUGCGGACUUCGUGGUCUAUGUGAGCACCGCUCAGGAGUUCGACGGCUCCGACUCCGGCGCGCGGCCGGACGAAGCGGUGAGCUGGGGCAAGAUCCGCGUCGAUGCACAGCCGGUGAAGGUACAUGCAGAGGCGACCUUGGUGCUUCCACUGAUGGUGGCCAAGACCUUUGCCCGCAGGCUUCAGAAAGGCGAGUGGAACGCAGAUGGCCGCCUCUUCGACAAGGCCUUUACAGCCUCUGAGAUCGAGCGAGAGAAGAAGAAGUGUUUCCCCAGCUGA